AUUUAAUGUCAUUUGCCUUGUGAUAGCCACCGGGUAACCGGACUGCCGCCAAGGCCUAGGGCCGAUCUUACGAGCAAUGCUUCCGUGUAGAUAAAACCGGACGAUCCCAGACGAUGAUGGGCCCUUUUGGCUGGGUCUUGGAUAAAAGUCUUGGUAUAUCUUCUAAAGAGAAAGUCAUUUACUACCUCUACUCCAUAAGCUACUCUACAUUACUCUGUCUGUCAUUGCAGGCUUGGCCAGCAGCCCACUUUUGUGUGACCAACUCCCACGAGGGGAAAACCGAAACAGAAGUAAUCAAAUCACACACUUAUCGUGUGAUUAUUACGGGUCACGAUAACGAGUGGGAUUACUGAUUACUACUAUUGAACCAAAUCAAAUCAAUAACCUAGCGGGAAAAAGCACACCGUGACAGUCACCCCUCCAGCCUUGUUUCCCUUACGAAAGGGAACUCCCG